CACUCGGUGGAGUAGAGCUGCGACUGUCACGGUGGGAAAGAGGAACCAGCACCGGCUGCUGAGAGUGAAGCGAUCUGUCAUCUGAACUCCGGAGUGUUUAGAGAAGCGUCGACACUCUUUCACUCAGGAAUGAGGAGCGAGAACAACAAGUUAAAUUCAAUCUGACGACCAGAAUCUGAUUAUUUUUACUCGGACAGUUCACAGUAAGUCAGCUUGUAUGGAGCAGCAGCAGCAGCAGCAGCAGCAGCAGCAGCGGGGCCUCUGUAGCUUCACCCCGGGCAGGUCUGCAUGCUGCGGGGAGGGAGCCUCCACCAAUCAGCCCACCAUGCGUCUGUCCGUCAUCUCCACCACCGGCAGCCCGGUGGAGCUCACUGUCCCCCGGGGAGAGACUGUGGAGGGACUGAGGACGCAUGUCUCCCAAAAACUCAGACUGCAAACUGACAGAAUCGUCCUCCUGUACAGAGACAGGCAGCUGACUGCAGGCAGGCUGUUGGACCUGGGUGUAGCAGAUGGCAGCAAACUGACCCUGGUACCUGUCAUCGAAGCUGGUUUAGUAUGUUCCACUGUCAGAGCUGAGAGAACCAUGAUGGACGUUUUGGAAAGUUUAACAGAAGUGCAGAUCAGUGACUUCCUGUCUGGGCGCUCACCUCUGACCAUCAACCUCGGAGUCGGCGCCCAUGUGAUGUACGUUCAGCUCCAGCUGUCUGCACAGAACGUGGCGGACCUGCAGCAGCACCAGGACUUCAGAGCUGGAAGCAGAACGUGUCUGCCCACUGCAGACAGGAUGAGCCACCCUGACUCUUUUUCCCAAACCUCCACUACAGCCCCGGACUCCUCUGACUCUACAUCCUCAGUCCAAAUUAGAUCUCAAACGGCAAGAACUUCCUCUGACUCGACAGCUCCCGCCUCUGCUCCUGCUGUGAGCUGCCAUCCUCACUCAUCUCCACAUCAGUCCAGUCCUCCCCACUCCACACACACAUCUUCUGACAGGAUUUCAGCCCCAACUUUGCCGACUGGUUGUCCACAUCCCAGCUCUCCUCGGCAAGCAGCCACACCGGUCUGUUCAGCUACUCCCACAGGCUCCAUUCCUGGACCCAGGAGCCCAGUGCCAGCCUCAACCUUCAGAGAGAGUGACACUCAUGCCUCAUCCACUGCAGAACCUUGCAAGCAGCCAGGAGCAGUCAUAGAAAGCUUUGUGAACCACUCUCCGGGCGUCUUCUCCGGGACUUUCUCUGGCACUCUGGCCCCUUGCAGUCAGACCGGCAUCAGUCAUCCUCGGAGCGGCAUCACCAUCAUUCUCCAGAUCCUCAACGACUUGCUCAGAGCUGCCUGCCACCACCAGGGGGCUCCACGCACCCUCUCCCAGCUCCACUGUCCUGCUUCAAACCCUGCAGUCAGCCAGCUGCCUACAGCAGAGGAGCAGAACAAAGCCAGCAGCCAAACACUGGUGGACCAGAGGACCGAGCACCUCGGCAAAACUCCAGGUAAGGAGAGCCGACCCCUCCACUCUUCCACACAGGAGAAUCAAGCAUUGCACAGUAAGCUGGAGCGGCUGCAGUUUUUGAUGCACCAGAGGCGUCUUCGCAGGCGGACUCGCAAGAACUGGCACCACUCGCAAACGUCUCACCCAUACCAGCACCGUCACCAUCGUCCUUAGUCUCCUGGACGGAGAAAGAUCCACCCACUGUGAUAGAAGUGGUAGCUCUUUACUGAGCGAGGCUGCCUCAUGGAACUAUGUAUACUGCAGGCCGGAGCUGAUAUCUGGCCUUGAGGAGUAGAUGCAGCAAAGAGAAGUGUCAGAUUUCUGUGGCCGUCACUGUAUUCAACAUGUUAUGUCAUGUAACACAAUGGCUCUCACUGUCAUGUAGCCCGUCACAAAAGGUUUCGAUGUACAUUUUCAUGUUCUGCAUCUCGGUGUUUUGUACAAAGACUGUCUGUAUGUAUUUUAAUGCCUUAACUGUAUGUGUCUUGAAUGUUAACUGUAUGUUUUGUUCUGUGCAGGAGAUGCUCCUCUAAAAUGUUUUACUUAUGCAAUAUAAACAUUGUAAACAGAAAGAAGGAAAAAAAAAUAUGCAAAGAAUAAAAACCUUCAACAAAUGUUUAAAGAC